AACUAACAAAACAACAAAAAAAACUACCAUUUUGACUUUCAUUUCGCUACUCCAAACCAGAACUGACACCUCUCUCUCUAUAUAAAAAUCUAUAACCCCUUGUUUGGCUGCUGAGAAAAUUGGUUUUGGAAAAAGGGACAAUUUAAGAUUCGAAAUUCCCUAUUUCGGUCUCUAAGAUUCUGUGUAAUCGUCCUUGAGAUGAGUUUAAUCCUAAACUGUUGCGGUAGCUAUGGCAUUCAUUCUCUCAGAAUUUCACGUCUCAAGGGGGCUCCUCGCAAAAGGACUAAUGGUAUCCAUACGAGGCCAAUCGCAUUUCUGAAAAAAUCAUCUUCCAUAGAUGAGGAUGAUCAUUGCCGAGCACUUGUACCAUUGUCAAAGAUCAAUGUAAACAGCAGCUUGAGCUUUAUCGCAGUUAUGAAUGCCAUGGCUGUAGCAAAUUUGGCUGCAGUCGACCUAGCAAAGGCAGAAACGGCUGCUUCAGUGUACACUUUGUCUGGUGGAGGCCUUGGAGAUUGGUUUGGAGGCUUUCUUUUUACUGCUGGUCAAUCCGCUAAUGAUGCUGUUCAGGACCAAUUAGCAGCACUAAGUUUCACUAGUGUGGCAGUAAUUUUUGGGGCAGGGCUUGUAACCAGCCUUUCACCUUGUACUCUGAGUGUUUUACCACUGACCCUUGGUUACAUUGGUGCAUUUGGCUCUGGGAAAAGCAGAUCAGAGGUUAUUGGGAAUUCAAUUUCAUUCUCUUUGGGGUUGGCAACUACACUAGCAGUAUUAGGCAUAGCAGCCUCAUUUGCUGGAAAGGCAUAUGGACAGAUAGGUCAAGGGUUACCUUUGGCUGCUUCAGGUUUAGCUGUUGUUAUGGGCCUUAAUCUCCUUGAGAUAAUUGAAUUGCGACUUCCAUCUUUUUUUGACAAUUUCGAUCCCCGUGCUGCUGCUGCUAAUUUGCCAUCAAGUGUGCAAGCAUAUCUAGCUGGCCUUACAUUUGCUUUAGCUGCCUCACCGUGCAGUACCCCCGUACUCGCCAGCUUAUUAGCAUAUGUAGCUACUUCCAAGGACCCAAUUAUAGGCGGAAGCCUACUGCUGACCUAUACCACCGGCUAUGUUGCUCCUCUGCUCCUUGCUGCUUCUUUUGCUGGAGCACUGCAGAGCCUGCUUUCAUUUCGCAAAUUUUCAGCUUGGAUCAACCCAGUAAGUGGUGCCCUACUGUUAGGAGGAGGUGUAUAUACUUUCCUAGAUAAACUUUUCCCAGCCUCAACAAUGUCUAUGUAAAUAUUGUUCCCCGUACAUAAAAUAUAAAGUCAAAUAAAACAAAAAGGCAGCUCAAAAUUACAUCUCAAAGACUCAAACAUGUAUUGUAUAUCAAAUCAUCUAAAUAUUUGUAACAGAACAUGUAUUGGCAAUAAAUGGGUGUAUAAAAUAAAAUACAAAUGUCACUAUUGACAGGUACAAA